CAUUGCUACGGAAUAUCUUAUCCUCCGCUCUGGCUCUGAAUCGGUCCCUCAACCAACAACAUGGCGAGUGUUCGUGCUGCCUCCUGUCUCCUCUCCAAGAAGAUAUUAUCUAAAACAAAAGCAGUCCCUGCUGCUGCUGUUCAGGGAUCCAGGAACUUUCACUUCUCCAUCUAUGGCAAGAAGAAAAGUGCUAAGAUAUCUGAUGAUAUCUCUACUCAGUACCCAGUAGUGGAUCAUGAGUUUGAUGCUGUGGUGGUAGGAGCUGGAGGAGCAGGACUUAGGGCAGCUUUUGGACUUUCUGAGGCUGGCUUCAACACUGCCUGCGUCACCAAGCUCUUCCCCACCAGAUCUCACACUGUAGCUGCACAGGGUGGGAUCAAUGCAGCUUUGGGGAACAUGGAAGAGGAUGACUGGAGGUGGCAUUUCUAUGACACAGUAAAGGGAUCUGAUUGGCUGGGGGACCAGGAUGCUAUUCACUACAUGACAGAGCAGGCUCCUGCAGCAGUAGUGGAGCUGGAGAACUUUGGCAUGCCGUUCAGCCGCACUGAAGACGGCAGGAUCUACCAGAGGGCCUUUGGAGGUCAGAGUCUUAAGUAUGGAAAAGGAGGCCAGGCCCACCGCUGCUGCUGUGUAGCAGACAGGACAGGACACUCGCUACUGCAUACGCUUUAUGGACGGUCGCUUCGUUACGACACCAGUUACUUUGUAGAGUACUUUGCCCUGGACCUGCUGAUGGAAAACGGAGAGUGUAAAGGAGUGAUCGCUCUGUGCAUGGAGGACGGAUCUAUUCACCGCUUCAGAGCACAGAACACUGUCAUAGCUACUGGGGGUUAUGGAAGAACCUAUUUCAGCUGCACAUCUGCCCACACCAGCACAGGAGAUGGAAAUGCAAUGGUGACCAGAGCUGGCCUGCCCUGCCAGGAUUUGGAGUUUGUACAGUUCCAUCCCACAGGAAUCUACGGAGCUGGUUGUCUGAUCACAGAGGGUUGCCGUGGCGAGGGAGGGAUCCUGAUCAACAGUGAGGGAGAGCGAUUCAUGGAGCGCUACGCACCCAACGCCAAAGAUCUGGCUUCCAGAGACGUGGUGUCCCGCUCCAUGACCAUAGAGAUCAGAGAGGGCAGGGGUGUUGGUCCAGACAAGGACCACGUGUACCUACAGCUUCACCACCUGCCUCCCCAGCAGCUGGCCACAAGGCUGCCUGGUAUCUCAGAGACAGCCAUGAUCUUUGCUGGAGUUGACGUUACUAAAGAGCCCAUUCCUGUCCUGCCCACCGUUCAUUACAAUAUGGGUGGAGUACCCACAAACUACAAGGGACAGGUGAUCACUCAUACCGAUGGACAAGACAAGGUGGUUCGUGGACUGUAUGCCUGCGGCGAGGCGGCAAGUGCCAGUGUCCAUGGUGCUAACCGACUGGGUGCUAACUCUCUGCUUGACCUGGUGGUGUUCGGCAGAGCCUGCGCCCUGACUAUCGCAGAGGAGCACAAACCUGGAGAGACACUGUCCCCUCUGGCGCCCAGUGCAGGAGAGGAGUCUGUAGCCAACCUGGACAAGCUGAGGUUUGCCAAUGGAAGCUUGAGAACCUCUGAGAUCAGGCUCAACAUGCAGAAGACCAUGCAGGCCCACGCUGCAGUGUUCCGUACCGGCGCAGUUCUGAAGGAGGGAUGCGACAAGAUGGACGCCAUUUACCAGACCCUGGAUGAUAUCAAGACCUUUGACAGAGGCAUCGUCUGGAACACAGACCUAGUGGAAAGUUUGGAGCUGCAGAAUCUGAUGCUGAAUGGCAUCCAGACCAUCCACUCCGCUGAGCAGAGAAAGGAGAGCCGGGGAGCCCACGCCAGAGAGGACUUCAAGGAUCGAAUUGAUGAGUACGACUACUCAAAGCCUCUGCAGGGUCAGGAGAAGAAGCCCUAUGAUCAGCACUGGAGGAAACACACACUAUCCUACGUCGACCCCAAGACUGGAAAGGUGACCCUGGAGUACCGCCCCGUCAUUGACAGCUCUCUGGACGAGCAGGACUGUGCCCACGUCCCUCCUGCCAUCCGCUCCUACUAAGACCAUCUCCUUCCCCUCUCCUUCCUCUGCUCUCACAUUCAGUUCGCUCAUUAUCUUCUAUUUAUAAAAAUACAUUUCCUCUAGUAGAGAUAAUCAUUUUGGGACAAACUAUGCUCAUGGUUACACGUGUAUCCAUUUAGUAUGGUUAAAUACAAAACUGUUUUGUCUAUAAACUUCAUCACCUCGUCUCACCUUCCUGUUCCUCUGUGUGCUUUGCCUUGAUUUAAUCUACAUGCAGCUGAGAAGAUAUUUCAACAUGGAUCUUGUGACCUCUCACACUGUGUGAGCUGGUCCUAUUAUGUUGUCGGAAGCUCAAGACAAGUGGGCGUCUUUUAAGACACUAUCUGAAGAACGAAAAGAUAGAGAAUAGUAAACAUGUGUUGCACGUUGCAAGCUUGGCUUUUUGUGAUGACGCCAUACUCUUGUUUCUGAGUCUUGCAUUGCAGUCUUUAAAUAUAUCUUCUCUCCUAUGGCUUUCUGAAGUGAAGAGAUGGUGGGAGUGAUGGCCAAGUUUUGAAAUGCAAAUGUCAGAGACAGGAUACAGAGGGAAGCUUUAAGUAUGUAAAUAUUGCAUAAAUGUACAAUAAACAUGACGAGUUAUACUGUA